AUGAAAAAAGAAAUUGAGGAUGAGCUGACUGUAUUCUACACGGAUGAUCAUGGAACUAUUCAAGGACCAUAUGCAGCGUCAACUGUUCUUUCCUGGUAUCAAAGAAAGUUUUUCAGUGCACAUCAUUUAAUCAGGAUAACUGAUAACGGUCAAUACGAAGGAAGCAAUAUCACUAUUGCAAAAUCACUUGGGGAACUCAUUCAGAUAUUUGGAAAAGAGGAACCUAUUCCAUUGACAGUGUCACAGGUUCCGCGAGCAACAUUCCACUCAUUUUCAAUAAAUCCCUUAUCUGAAAUCCAACCAGGGAAUGUGAUUAAGCAAACGACAGAAAAGAAGGAAUUCUUAAAUGUAACAAGAUCAAAUACAUCUGAAAAUAUGAAUAUUUCGGGCUUUGAUAAACAAGAGAAACCAAAGAGAAAAGAUGAGGAAUCAAGUUCGAAAAAGGGUUCAGUUCUAGAAGAAAGGAAACGAAGAAGAUCGAAUUCACAAUCCCUGUUACCCCCUAGAAAAAGUAGAAGAAGAGAAGGAAUAGAUAGAUCCCGCUCUCCACUUCGCCAUUACCUAUCAGAUGUUUCAUCAGAUAAAGAGUUGACAGAUAAUCGGAAGUACGGUCCGAAAAAAUGCGAAGUGUGUCACUGCGAGAUGCAAAUGGCUGCCAAUUUUUUGUCUCAUGUAUUGUCUGCGGCACAUAUUUCAAAGUGUUUGGCGGGAGUCAAUACAAAGAAGCGUCGUUUCACCCUUGAAUUGGACUAUCUCCCACUGAGAAAAGAGAUAGAGCAUGCUAGACGCCGACAUCUGGAAUCUCCGCCGAAACCAUCCCAGAAGGGUUCCCGCCCACCACCUUCCCGCAAACGAGAUUCUCGUUCUCGUUCGCCUCCAUAUAACAAAAGUGCCAACUAA